AUGGUAAUAAAAAAACGAAAAUUACGAAAUGAAAUAACAACAAUUAAUACAAAAUUUAGAUCUCGAUUUAAAGAUUUAGCCAAUGAAAUUCUUUAUGAAUUACAUUCAUUAGUUCUUAAUCUUAUUGUUUGUGAACAAAUUACAAAUAAGCUUUUCUAUUAUGUAUUUUGUCUAUCUAAAUUAAAAUAUUUUCAAAUAUCAAAACAAGUAAAAGAAGCACAAUUUUUGGUAGUUAGUUUCGAUAAUUGUGAAGCUAGUCCUAUUGAACAUUUUGUGAUUAAAUUCGGCUUUCUAAUUCAUUCAUUGAAUUAUUUAUUACGUCGUCUACCGCAACUUCGUCAUUUAUCAAUUGAUUAUCUUGUUGGAUUUAAUGAUAUAAAUAUCAAAUUAUCUAAUAUUUUAUUAAAAGAUUUUAAAUAUCUUUCUCUUAAUAUUUAUAAUGUUUCGUUCGGUGGAUUUGAAAAAUUAAUAAAACAUUAUUUUCGUUCUAUUGAAGUUUUACGUGUUAGAACAGAAAAUGAUCAAUCAUAUUUAAAUGCAAAUCAAUGGGAAGAAUUAAUAUUAUCUUUUAUGCCAAAUUUACGUGUUUUUGAUUUCAAUCAUGAUAAUGAUGCAUUUAUUUACAAACCUGUACCAUAUCAUGAUAUACUCAAACAAUUUGCAUCUGAAUUUUGGGUUGAAAGACAAUGGUUUUUUACACAUCAAGGAAAAGAUUACACAUUUUAUUGGCGACAAGAUACACAUAUUUGUCCAGAGUUUCAAGAAAAUAAUUUGAAUUCAGUGAAACAUUUACACAUUCUCUAUCAAAAAAGGACAGAUAAUUUUGUCAAUUAUUUUCCAAAUGCUAUUAAAUUAACCAUUCAUUAUCGUCGUGAAAUAUCUGAUGAUAUCUUAAUAACAAGUAUUGAUCGUAUUGUUCCUGAAAAACUAUUACCACAACUUCAUCAACGAAAUAAAAUUGUUCCAUUAGAACUAAAACAAUUUGUUGAAACAAAUCUUAUCAAAACAUUUGUACUUGCCGAUAAACAUGAUACAUAA